AUGACUUACCCCCUCAGCGAUCGCGAGGCAGCAAUCACUCCUACCACUAUCCAAUCAAUAGCCUCGUCAUGGUCUACAAUGGAAAUAGCUCAAUCCGACAAGCCGAUAGCUAAAACCAACAAGCCUAUCAAGGGUAUCUUUUCCGAGCCCGGCAGUCUUCCCUUGCCAGAUGCUGGUCACCACUCAUUAGGCGUCGUCUGGGAGAAUGUCACGGUGGAAGGAUCUGGUGGCAGUAAAAAACUUACUGUGCAAUCGUUCGACAUGUCUGCUCUGAGAGUGUUCUAUGUCUGGGGCUUUGUCAAGAAGAUAUUCCAGAUAACAACCGGACCGACUCGGCCGCUCAUCCAGAACUUUUCCGGUGUGGUUGAAGAGGGAGAGGUCCUCCUCGUCCUCGGUCGCCCGGGCUCCGGCUGCUCUACUCUUAUGCGAGCCUUGUCCAAUGUCACCGAACCUUUCGUGGCGGUCAACGGUGACAUUGCGUAUUAUGACGGCGAGAUCAUCUUCAACGCCGAAGACGACGAAAAUAUUCCCCUUCUCACUGUCGAAGAGACUCUGAAGACUGCUAUCCGCCUGAAAGAACCCCGGAAGAAGGCCAACAAAGAGAGAAGAGGGGAGUACGUCGAAGGCAUCUUCAGCCAUCUCUUGCAUACGUUCGGUAUGCCUCACAUAAGAAGACCAAAGGUGAGUGUGACGAGCUUCAUCGUGAUCAUUCCUUACACUCUUCUAGUUGGCGACCAGUUCAUCCGCGGUGUCGAGCUCGCUGCAGACCCGGAGUUCCUGCUCUUCCUCGACGAGCCCACCUCAGGCCUCGACUCCCAAGCUUCCUACGAGAUCGUCCGUUUCCUCAAACGUAUCGCGGCCUCCGGUUUCGCUGUGCUCCGUACGAUCCACCAACCGUCGGGCGACUUGUUUGAGAUGUUUGACUCGGUCGUGCUUCUGGCGCCAGGUGGGCACACUGUCUACGUGGGAGAGACUGGAGAACACGCCAGUGCUGUCGUCAACUACUUUGCGUCUAGAGGUGCCGACUGUCCGCCCGAGGCGAACCCUGCUGAGGUGCUUUUGAACACCGUUGCGCCAGUUGGAGGCACUGCAGUCGACUGGCCUGGGCUCUGGAAAGAGUCCCCUGAAGCCGCAAACGUUCAAGCCAAGAUCAGCGAAUACACUUCUCGCCACAACCACAAGUCUGCCGACCUGGAAAAGCAAAGCGAUGCAGAACCCGAGGAGGGACAUGAUGCAUAUGCGUCUUCCUUCAUGGUCCAGACCAAAGAACUGGCUGUCAGAAACUUCAGGGCUCAAUGGCGAGGUAAGUCCCCUAUUACGCAAAUGGUCCUCACCAUCUUCUUCGGCCUUUUCGUCGGCUUCUACUUCUUCCACAUCGAACACACUCAGGGCAACAUGGCCGCUGCCUCCCUCUGCCUCUUGUUCACCGUCCAAGCCAUGCCGGGAAUAGUAAUGGACGUGGGUAUCAACUACCUCGCCAAACUCGACAUGUACCUCGCCCGAGAAAGGCUGGGUAUCUACUCAUGGCAGGCACUGAUCACCUCGCUGCUCGUGGUCGCGAUGCCAGUGCUUUUGCUCGGCUGGAAUAUCAUGUUCUUCUGUUUCUACUGGACGGCGGGAUUCGUUGGGGGGACGCCUGGGGAUGGAGUGUUGAUCUGGCUUUGUUUCGUCUUGUGCGCGUUCUUGACUGCAGGCUUUGGUAUUCUUUUGGGUGCUGUCUCGCCGAAAGAAUGUCUCUGCCUUACAUCCUGUCGCUCGUUUGGAACUGUGAGUCUACCUAUCAUCGCAUCUGGAGUACUGGCUGAUAUCGCUGCAGUACUCAAUACUCUAUCAUGGGCUCUGGUGUUCUACGACGCCCUUCCUGCACCUUUCCACUACUUUUUCAGUUGGCUAUCUCCUCUUCGAUACCUCUACGGCGCCCUCAUGACCCCUCGCUCGUCCACCUCCCACUCACCUGCACCGCCAAAGACCUCUUCACCUUCGACCCCCCCGUCCGGCCAGACCUGCAUCGACUAUACUGCUUCAUACCUGUCCACCACAUCAGGAUUUCUAGUAAACCCAGAUGCCACGUCUGCCUGCCAGUACUGCUCAAAUAGCACCGGAAGCGACUAUGUGAGGCAGAUGGGCUUUUCGGAAGGUGCAAUGUGGCGAGACUGGGCUUUGACUAUCGUCUGGUGUAUCUCGAAUGUCGCCUUCUGCUUCCUGCUGAUAAAGAUCCAACCCCUGUACAAGAAGAGCUAG